ACCGCUCCUCCCCACCGCCCGCCGCGCCGCCCUCGCCGCCACCCAUCUCUCCCAUGGACGCCGGCGACGGGAGCCCCGCUGCCUCGCCACUGGACGCAGUGGCGGCCGCCUUCAAGUCCCGCGUCGUGGAGCUUCAGGACCUCGUCCUCGCCCGCAGCAUGUUCCCGGCGACGGCGCUGCCGGACCUGGCCUCCGUGAACGCGUCGGUGACGGCGAUGGAGUCGCGGGUGCAGGACAUCCGCCGCCGCCUCCAGGAGGAGCUUGACGCCAUCCCUAAGGCAAAGAAGCUAAUCGAGCGGUCCUUGAAGCAACAAGAGAAGCUGCAGCACAUGCUUGCCAACGUACCUUCUGGGAUGCACGAGGGUGUCUUUGCUACUCAUCUGGAACAGAGCUCAUCAAGGAUGCUGCCUGAUUGCUUCAAUUACAGCUCAUCUGUUCGUGAAUAUAACGAAUGUGAGUUGAAGAUUAAGGAGGAGCCAGUUGCUGCUCCCAAGAAAGGAAGAGCACCUGCACCUCGCUGGUACAUCUCAACAGAGGAGCUUGAUUCGUUGUCAUCGUACAUGAGGGGAAGACUGACUUUGGAAAAGGUUAAUAUCGCAAUUAAUGAAGUGGCUUCAUAUGCAGAUGCCAAUGCUCAUCUUGUUACAUGCCCUAAGAAAAAGUUGUCAGAUGACAUGUGGGAUAAAGCUUUGGAACUAAGGGACAUUGCAGCGACUGAGGCAGUAAAGGGGAAGCCUUUCUUCCUGGAAGUCGACAUAAAAGGACCUGGUCUAAAACUUGACAACACAGGGAAAGCUAUUCUUACAGUCCUUCGCCAUCUUGGACGCAUCCAUGAAACCCGGAUUGGGCAUCAUCGGGUCUUUAUACUCUCAAAGCAGGCCUGAAGGAAUCUCAUUCGAUUAGAAUUGGUGCACAUUCUGCAAUAUGUCAAUAUCCAGUAGCCUCCUUGCUUUGAUAUCGCAAAGACGCAAAAAGCAUUUUGCAUGUGCUUCCUGGAUGAUUCAGAGAUUGCUGUGCUUUCAUCAAUAUCUGUUUGGCUGCAUGCUUUCGUUUGUAUUGUGCUUGCAUUGGUCCAAAACUCCCAUGGCAUCUAUAUGCUUCAGUCGCAAGCUUAUCUGUGCAGUAGAAACUCAAAUUACCGGAAUGAAGAGUUUGCAAGAGCAAGCUCUAAUUUUGGCUUUCA